AAGCCAGGAUCCGGCCUCCUCAGUCCCUCUCUUCACAAUAUUUGAUUAGGAAUUUGGGGGCGGGACCCUGGCCUGGCACAGACCCGCACACUCUCAGUAGACACUCUGUCUCUCUCUCUCUCACACGUUCUCCAACCCAAGGAGGCCAGACAGAGGGACGUGGUCACUCUCUGAAAGGUUCAACUGGCGAGAGACAAAAUGCAGUGGGCCUCCCUCCUGCUGCUGGCCGGGCUCUGUUCCCUCUCCCAGGCCCAGUACGACGAAGACCCCCACUGGUGGUUCCACUACCUCCGCAGCCAGCAGUCCACCUACUACGACCCCUAUGAGCCCUACCCGUACGAGCCCUAUGAGCCCUACCCCUACGGGGUGGAGGAAGGCCCAGCCUAUGCCUACGGCUCUCCGCCCCCUCCAGAGCCCCGUGACUGCCCCCAGGAGUGCGACUGCCCCCCCAACUUCCCCACGGCCAUGUACUGUGACAACCGCAACCUCAAGUAUCUGCCCUUCGUCCCUUCCCGCAUGAAGUACGUCUACUUCCAGAACAACCAGAUCUCGUCCAUGCAGGAGGGCGUCUUCGACAACGCCACUGGGCUGCUCUGGAUUGCCCUCCAUGGCAACCAGAUCACCAGCGAUAAGGUGGGCAAGAGGGUCUUCUCCAAGCUGAGGCACCUGGAGAGGCUCUACCUGGACCACAACAACCUCACCCGGAUGCCCGGCCCCCUGCCUCGAUCGCUGCGGGAGCUCCACCUUGACCACAACCAGAUCUCGAGGGUCCCCAACAAUGCUCUGGAGGGUCUGGAGAACCUCACGGCCUUGUAUCUCCAGCACAACGAGAUCCAGGAAGUGGGCAGCGCGAUGAGGGGCCUCCGGUCCCUGAUCUUGCUGGACCUGAGUUACAACCACCUGCGGAAGGUGCCUGACGGGCUGCCCAUAGCCCUCGAGCAGCUCUACCUGGAGCACAACAACGUCUACUCCGUCCCCGACAGCUACUUCCGGGGGUCCCCCAAGCUGCUGUAUGUGCGGCUGUCCCACAACAGUCUCACCAACAACGGCCUGGCCUCCAACACCUUCAACUCCAGCAGCCUCCUUGAGCUUGACCUCUCCUACAACCAGCUGCAGAAGAUCCCCCCGGUCAACACCAACCUGGAGAAUCUCUACCUCCAAGGCAAUAGAAUCAAUGAGUUCUCCAUCAGCAGCUUCUGCACCGUGGUGGACGUCAUGAACUUCUCCAAGCUGCAGGUGCUUCGCCUGGACGGGAACGAGAUCAAGCGCAGCGCGAUGCCGGUGGACGCGCCCCUCUGCCUGCGCCUUGCCAGCCUCAUCGAGAUCUGAGGGGCCCUUGCACGGGGCACGGGGCCGGGGGGGGGCCCCCACGCCCCACUGCAUUUGGCUUGAUGGUUUGGUUUGGCUUUUGCUGGAAGGUCUGGGACAGACCAAGUGACAGAACUUCAUGGGCUCCCUCUGUAAUCUUCUUCCCUGUAGGCGGGGUCAGGCGGGGUCAGGGGACAAGCAGCCUUUUCCUGAGGGACAUGGCUGCAGCUCUCUUUCCAGGACAGACGCGGUAGCAGAGGAAGUCAUCCCUGGAAGUCCCAACCCCAGACAGUUCUUCCCAACAAUCUGGCGUCAUGAACUGUACAAGUCGCUUGGGCAACCGCACGGAGCGUGCUUUCCCCGCUAUCCCUAGCCAGGCCGGGGGGCGGGGGUGCGAUUCCUCUGGGCUGCUUCUCAGUGCUCCUCGGAAUAUACCUCUUGCCCAGCUGCCUCCUCCUUCACCCUCCUCAUCCACUCAGCCUUGCCCCCCAACACACCCCUUCUGUGCCUUAGGCAGAAGCAUGAGAGCCCAACGCGCGUGGCCCCUCAGCCCUGUGGCCUUGCAGAGAAGUCACACUAGUGUCUGGAGGGAGGGAAAUCAGGAGUCACCUCUACACCUCCCAAAGCUCACUCCUUGAAAGCCACCAGCCCGGAGGGCACCGGUUUGAUCACAAUAUUCAGGGACUGGUAUGGGAGGAGGCACCCAGCCUGAGGCUUUGAUACACAGAGGGGCUAUAUUUCAGCAGAUGGGAAAGGAAAGGCCAGACCUUACUUACAUCAGCAUCCCUAACAGGGCGAAACGUCCCUAUUCGGCUGAAUUGAGGAAGAAGCCCCCCGAGGUCCACCUUGCCCCACACCCUCUGCUUGUUCCCAGCCGCUCCUUACUCGGGUCCUUAUCCUCCAAGGCACGUGGUUCCCGAAGCAUGAGAAAGGUAGUGUGUCCUCUUCUCUUAUCCAGGCUGAAAGGUCUACAUCCUGAUGGGAGAAAAACAGACUCCAGCCAGCCCUGCACGAGCCCGGCUAGCCCAAAGGAGGGCGCUGUGGUCCAGUUGUGUUCAUUGAUUUGUCGUGAGGCCACAGUUCAUAGUGAGAGCUCUGGCUGGAGAUGAUUUUUGGGUCUAGGAAGCCUGGGCCAGGCAGCCAGAUCUGGCCCGUGCGGAGUAUGACACCCUCUGCUUUCACAUCUCUGAGCUACACCCUCAUUACUGAAGAUGCCUUUUGCUUUAUAGCUUGGCUGGAAAGCAAUUUCUUCUUCCCAUGUCUGAAAGGUAAUGUUGCUGGGGGUGUAAGCAUCCUACUUCUUCCGGCACCACUGGGAUGGAGCCAACUGGGCAGUCAGGCACAGGGACUCCCUGAGGACAGCUAGCCAUAGCCUGGACCCUUGCCCAGAUGCCAUCAGAUUCCUGAUACAGUGUAUGCUUCAAAGCAGCUUCCCUGAGAAGUGCAGGGGAGGAUCCCUGGACUAUGUUCUUGGCUCCAGACUCAAAAAUCCACAAAAGCCAAACCAGCUCAUUUCAACAAAGGAGCUCUGAUGUGGGGGGCAAGGCUGUCCCCGCCCCAGGCUCUUCAGAAAGCGUCUGCAUGUGAACGCCAUCAUGCCUCUAUAAAGGAUCCUUAUUACAGGAAAAGCAUGAGUGGUGGCUAACCUGACCAAUAAAGUUAUUUUACGAUUGCA